UAAUUUUUCUAUUCAUCAGGAGAUAACCCUAAUGUUGUGAUAAUGUGUACUAUACUAAUCUAUGAUUGUGUCCCUAGUAUAAUUAUUAACAAGUAUUUAAUUAUAAUUUAGUUCAGCCAAUUUAAAUAUAAUUUAUAAGUGGUUAAAACUAGUAACUACUAACUACUACCUAAAGAAUAACUUAUAGUUUUCUUUUACCAAUAAAUCACUAAUAUAUCAAAUCUAAAACUAUACUUCUUCCUAACAUAUACUUUACUUUGGUUAACAUUUCAGUUAAAUUAUUUAAUACAAAUUUAAAAUGUCCAAUUAUGAUUCACACAAAAUUUAUGAAAUUGGUUUUAUUGGGGCUGGAAAUAUGGCCCAAGCAAUUGGACUUGCUUUUGUCAAGAAAGGUAAAUUAAAAAUUUUUCUAUCACAAUUUCAAUUAUUAUUUUCUAACUAAGUCAGUUUUAAGUUUUAAGUCCCUACACACAAAACUCAAGUCAAAACUUGUAGUACAUAGGUACCUAUGUACGUUUAUAAGAGUAUAUGUAUGUAGAUAAUAUAUAAGUUACAAUAUUUUUUUCAUGAUUUAAACUGAUUCAGGGCAAAUUAAUUUUUAUUUUCCAAAACCACAAUGAGGACUGUAUUAAUAUUUAUGUAUGUAUAUAUAAAUAUAUAUAUAUAUUUAGUCCCAGGGAAGAAAUGCUUAAGAAAUUUAAUUUUUGGAAUUUUUUUUUAUAAUUUUAAAUUAAAUUUGAUUAUAUUUAAAAUUAUAUACAAUUAAUUUAAGCCCUUCUUCCUAGAGACCAAAGGUAUAUAUUUAUAAUACUUCUGAAUAAUUUGGAUUGGCCAUCUUUGUCCUAAAUUUCCACUUGAUCUAAUCCCUUAUUUCAUUCUUGCCUACAUUUGCCACUCUUAUGUAAUCAUCAAUUACAUACAAUCACCUUUUCAAUUUUCUCCCUCCCCUCUUGUAUAUUUUUUUUUAAUAUUAUAAACAAUAUUUUAUUUGUAUUUAUGAGUAUUUGGAAUUAAAGUAAUUUUUCUCUAACCAUUUAUACAAUUUAUAAUCAUUGAACUGUCAAUGAUGUAUUUGUUUUAGUAAUAAAUAAUUGACAAUAAAAUAAUAAAGUAAGAAUAAAAUUAUUAAAAGCCUAGAGCAUUAUGUUAUGUAUAUUAUACAAGUCACGCUUUACUUUUUGACUUAGUGAUUUACCUGAUGAUGAAUUUUUAAUUCGAAACUGGUCGUAUAAUACACAUAUAAUACUCCAUAUAUUUAUUUAUUUAUUUCUACAUUUAUAUUAUUUAUUUAUAUAAAUCAUAAAUAAUUGAAAAUGUAAAAUGUUUCUAAAAAUAGUCAAAAAUAAAUUAUUUAUUUUAAUAUAUUAUUAUGAAGGUAUUUGUAAAGCGGAAAAUAUACUCGUAUCAGCACCUUCUGAAAAUAAUAAAAAGCCAUGGCGAGAUGUUGGUGUAGCUGUGACAAGUGAUAAUAGUAAAUUUAUAGUCAUGAAUAAUAAUAUACAAUUUAUUAUCUAAACAUUGAUUUGUGUUUAUAUUUAUAUUUCAGAUGCUGUGUUUUGUUGUUCUAAAAUAGUAAUUUUAGCCACAAAACCACAAUAUUUUCAAAAAGUGGUUUCCGGGUUAUUUACUAAAACUAUAGGACUGCCCUUAAAUAUUUUAAUAUCAAUUAUGGCUGGAAUAACAUUGAGUACUUUACAUGAGGUAAUUACAUUUUUUAAAAGUAUUUAAUUACUAAAAUAUUUUCAAAACAUAUAUUUACAUUUAUUUUUAGAUGUUUGACUUGGAUCCAAGCAGUUUAUUUAAAGUUAUGCCGAAUACACCUAGUCUCAUUGGACAAGGAUUUUCUGGUAUGUAAUAAAAUAUGUAUAAUGCAGAGUACAAUUAUAAUUUCUAUUUCAUCUAUAAGUAUUCACUUCUAAAUAACAUGUAUAUUAUUGUUUUGCUAUUGUUUACAGUGGUAUCCAGCCAAUCAAUAUAUACUUAAAUAUAAUGUAUAUGAUGUUUUUUUUUAGUAAUUGCUCAUAUGGAUAAUGCUGAUUCGAAAAAAAUCUUUGAAAAUUUACCAACUGUAAAGUACUUAAUGGGUGCUGUGGGUGGUGUUGAAGUUAUUCCAGAAUCAUUAAUGAACGCCGCUGGAGCAGUUUCAGGUAGUGGCCCUGCUUAUGUAAGUAUUAUACUAAUAAUUGAAUAUUUAUAAAUAAUUAUUUUUGGAUUAAACAUAUGUACAAUUACUUAGGCGUUUCUCAUUAUUGAAGCGUUAGCUGAUGGUGCAGUAAAACAAGGCAUUCCACGUGAUUUAGCUGUACGCUUAGCAGCUAGUGCUAUAGCUGGUGGAAGUCUUAUGGUUUUAGAAACUGGUAAACAUACGGGUCAACUGAAGGAUAUGGUUACAUCUGCUGGAGGAUCAACAAUCGCUGCUUUACAUGCUUUGGAAAGAGGAGGCGUGAGGUAUAAUUUCUAAGUAAAUCAUAUUAUAAUUCUAAAACAUUUAAAACUUAUUUAUUAUCUGCUUUAUGUAGAUCUGCAAUGAUGGAUGCAAUUGAAGCAGCUACUAAUAGAUGGGAGAAAAUGGGAGAAAAGAAAUAAGAAUAAAAAGUUUAAUUUUAUUAUGUUCAUCAUAUUUUAUUUACAAUAUAAUAAUCAAAUUUUUAGUUUUACUCUGUACAUUAGUCAUAACUCAUAAAUCUUUAUAUAAAAGUAUAAUAUAAGUAAAUUAAUAGUAUUUCACAUAAUUGUUUAUGUUAUUAAUAUUUUACGUAUCUGGGGCAUAUUCAACACAUCUAGAUGGAUCAGUUGGGAAAAACUGUUGACAUUUGGUCAUUAAACGUUUUAAGGCUUGAAUAUAUUUCCGCUGUGUUUCAUCAUUGAGCACAUGUGCUACAUUUUUGGAAAAGAUCUUUUCUCGUCCAGUACGUGCAUGAAUACCAACCAUGGUAACUCCAAUAGGCCAUGGUGCAUUACCUAUAGCCAUUUCCAGGUAGGCAUCACUAGCUCUUAAAUAAUCUUUUUCCAUCAUGUGUUUGGUAAUAAGAGUAAGACUAUCUAAAAUGUCAUCUGGUAAGCUGUUAUUUUUCAAUUUUCUUAAUAAUGGUUUUAAAUAAAGUUGAGUUUGAUUAUAUGUUGCUAAAGCUAAUUUUCCCUUUGUACUAGCUUUUUCUUUAAUAGAUCUUGCAUUAAGUUGAACCUCCCACAUUUUCAAUAGAAGUUGCAAGAGCUGCAAAAUAGUUUCCAUAUCUUGAGUACGAUCACGUCUUCUUCCUAAAAUUCCAGCUUUAGCUUGUAUUUUUUCAUAUGUUGCCAUUGCUUCUUCCAUACUUUCAAGCUCAGUAUAUGUUUUUUCAGGCACCUGGUUGGUCAUCAGUUCGUCUAAAUAAUCUUGAUCAACUUUUUCUAACGCUUCUUGGAAAUCAUUCCUGAAACCCUAAAAUUAAAAAAUAUAAUAUAUAUUUUCAUAAAAAUAUAAAAUAAAAUAAUACUUUGUUUGAUUCCGGUUCAGCAAGUUCACUUCUUCGUAAUCGUUUGAAAGAAUCAAGUUCUGAUUCUCCAAACAAUGUAAUAGGUUCACCGCGGUCUCUCAAUCUGCGAAUAACUUCUUUUCUUGAUAAUGUAUGUUUCUUAGAUGUAGUACUAUUAUUUUCAUCAUCACUACCUAAUAUUAAAAUAUUUCAGUUUAAUUAUUGAAUAAAGAAAAACAUUU